AUGACAUCUGAAUACAAAGCCAAUUUUACUACUCAGCCAGGCCAUGCAGACCCUUACGCAAGUUGCGAGGAUGAGGAUUUCUUACAGUUGAAAUCCUAUCUCUCUGUCCUUUACAGCCUAAUCUUUCUGGUGUGCUUCCCAGGAAAUGUUAUGACAAUUUUUAUGUACUUUUUCAAGAUGAGGCCCUGGAAAAACAGCACCAUCAUUAUGUUAAACCUGGCUAUCACAGACCUUUUAUAUAUAGCCACACUUCCUUUCUUUAUACAUUACUUUGCUAAUGGAAAUAACUGGAUUUUUGGAGACUUCAUGUGCAAGUUUAUUCACUUUGCCUUCUACUUCAACAUGUACAAUGGUAUUAUCUUCAUUAGCUGCUUCAGCCUCUUCCGCUUUUUUGUGGUCAUCUACCCAGUUAGAUGUUUUUUUGUUCGAAAACGGAAAUGGGCAGUGGUGACUUGCGUAGUAGUCUGGAUGAUUUCCUUGGUAGCCAUCAGCCCGUUGGGCAUCUUGAUCACCACAAAAGACCUGCAGAACAGAACGAUCUGCCCCGACCUGGCGAGUGCUGAGGACCUUGAUAGCAGCCGAUGGUACAACUGGCUCCUGACGACGUUUGCCUUCUUCUUGCCCUUGCUGACGGUGACGCUGUGCUACGCGCUCAUUAUCUAUGCCUUGGCUACAGGGCCCCACACGCAGGCUUGCUACAAAAAGAAGGCCCGCAGACUUGCCAUCGUGCUCUUGGUGGUCUUCUAUGUGUGCUUCCUCCCCUUCCACAUCUUUCGGGGGCUUCGGAUUGAGCUCCGACUGCGACCAGGUAGCUGCCACUUGAAGAAUCUGAUCUGUUUUAUGUUUGUUCUAGCUAAACCUUUAGCAGCAUUAAAUACAUUUGCUAACUUACUACUUUAUGUUGUGACGGGAGACAACAUCCAUCAGGCUAUUCUUUCACUCCUCAAAGUCUAG